AUGCAGGGCCGCCUUUUACCCAGUAACCUCCACCAUCUCCCUAAGUCCUUGCUGCCUCCUACGGUCCCACCUUCCCUCAUCUUCUACAAAACUCCUCUGCGAACUUCGCCCGCUCCUUCUCCAGACCCUGUCGCGCACCACAUUGCUCCAUCCUACUCCUCCCGGGCGCCCCCACCCCACACAGCUGCCGCCCGCCACCCGCCUUCCUCCCCAGGGCCCGGCCAGGCCUCAGGCCUCCACCUCAGACCCCCUUUCAGAGCUGCCGGGGGGCUACCCGCAGCCUCGGCGUCAACGCCGACCUCCACCCCCCCGCCUCACCCCACUUCCCGCGGCUCGAGCCCGAGUCCUACCACCGAGGCCACUCCCGCUCGGCACCCCCGGUCCUUUAUUGUUGACUCGAAGCUCCCAAAAUGGCGGCCGCUCCUUCCUCCUCGGAAACCUCCGCCCGCCCCCACCCGGCCCCUCGCUUCGGCCUCCUCCCGCCCCGCCCCCGCUCAGCUGCCAGGGCUGCACUGCCGACCAGCCAGCGCCUGCCCGCUCCCGGGGCCGUCCAGCCCUACCUCCGCCGCUGCCCGCGCUCAAGGCGCCGUCGAAGCCGCCGCCCGGACUGAGCUAACUCGGCUCCCCCGCUCCCUGCCCCCCUCCUCCCUGCGUUCUCCGCAUGGCGGCCGCUGCGGCUCCUCCUCCGCGCAAGAUGGCGAGACUCCGGCCGCCGCCGCAGCUGUGUCGGCCGCGGCGUCUCAGUCUGUCCUGCUUCGCGACAGGACAAAUCCUGGCCAGGGAACCUACCCGAGGAGAAAAUGA